AUGUCACCCAUACUUGGCACCCAACCCUUUCAAGUCACGGGUCUGCAGAAUCUUAGCAUCGGACGUGCUCUUCCGCAUGUACCAACUGGGCAUGACGGGUCCACUAUAGUCAAAGGUACAGGCUGGUCCCUACCGUCUGGAGCAUACACAGCCCGUCAAAUCGUUGAAGGCUGUGCACCACUGCUCGAGACUGUACUGCACCACCUGAGCCCUUCACCACCAAACCAACCUUCAGCUCGCGAAAUGCUCUUGGACAAUCUAGCUUCCAACCUCGCUCUUGGCACUCGCGAGUCCAGUCUCGAGGUUUCUGCAAAAGAUGCUAGCCGCAAGGAGUUCGCAGCUCAAGCUGUCAAGAUUGGCAAGACUCUUGUCACUUAUGCUCGCGAGACAAAGGAUGUCUCUUUCGACCCUGACUAUGCUAUUCGUAGCCCUUGUGAGGGACAUCUACUGAAACCUGCAGUCACGCUAUUGAUGUUUGGACCUCGUAGCUUGGGUCACCUAAUGCAGAUGUACAACGAAUAUUUGCACCAGAUGGUACUGCUCCGAGAUGCUCUUCUGCCGUUUGAUAACUAUGAGGAAGUCGUUAUUCCAAUCACUGCUGGAGAGGGGAAGCAGCGACUAGGCAUGAGAUUUACAGAAUCAAAUCGAAUGAGCUUUAUCGCUGAGCUCAUGACAAAACUAACAACGCAGAAAGCUGUCGUAAGAUCUGCGCAAUCUCUCCUGGCGCGGGACUUGGCUGCAGACAAUGCUUAUGGCUUUCAAUACCGAUAUGGUGUCAUUCUGCCUGCAGCAGUCGUGGGAGGACAGUCUUUGCGUCUGCUACGCUACAUCCCUGCCAUUAUCGAUGAUGCAACCCCGGAAGUGUCUUUCGAGUACGAGUUUGCAGAUUACUACACUACUCCUCGCAUCGAUGUUCCACAACCCAGCCAGUCUUCGAAUUCAGAUGCCACUCAGCAUGGACUCACAGAUUGCUCAUUCGCAAUUGACGGGAGAACAGAUUCUAAGUCGACAACUCGCAUCCUGCACCUCCAAAAGUCCUACGCCAAUGGGAAUUGCUCAACCAUAGAUGUCGGCCAGAUCUCCCGUGGCUGGCGCUACAGCUACAAAGCUUCUGCUCAAUCUUCGAAGUCUGCUUCUAAGAAAGUGGUUGCGAGUGUUCACUCCGCAGCAGAUUUCCUUGCAAGUUUUGGCUCUACUGGGCUUAUCACGGAUAAAGAGGGAGGUGUUCACCUUAUACAAUGCAGCAACAAUCUCGAGCUUUUGGCAUGUUUGGGAGCGAUCUAUCCUGACAAUAUCAUUGUGCUUGACGAAGGUGCGACAUUGGCGGAUACGGAAGGUGUAGGACAGUCUUUACCUGGCGAACCGCGAUUUAUCCUUCAGAUUACCUGA